AUGGGUCUUGAAGAGGAGAGGAAAAAGGUUACAUUUUGUGUGGAAAAUCUGACCAGAUUUUUAUAUGCCCAAAUCCUCCCUGAUGUCUCAUUUGAACGAAUAAGAGAACUUAAAGAUAAAAUAUUAAAAAUCCCAGACUUAAACUACACGUUGGAACGCUAUCAUGACACAAGAGAGGAUGCUCUUAACAGAGGAAUCCGUCAAGGCUUAGCAAUGAGGGCAAUUUUCCAAAAAGAAAAUUGCACAGAGUCCGAAAGAAGAAUGGUCAUGGGUUUUUUCCCUGAAAUCACAGCAGCUGUUCUUCAGUACGAUUUCUUCAUGCCAGCCUUCAAUCUUCAAGCAAGCGAAGAACAAAAAGCUCAAUACAAAGAAAAAUUAGACAAUUUAGAAAUUAUUGGGUGUUACGCACAAACAGAACUUGGUCAUGGCUCAAAUGUGAGGGGAAUUGAAACUCAAGCAAUUUAUGAUAAUCAAAGAGAUGAAUUUAUUAUGAAUAGUCCAACAGUAACUUCACAUAAGUGGUGGAUUGGCGGCCUAGGUGUCAGUUGUUCUCAUGCACUGGUCGUGGCCAAACUUAUAAUGAACCAGCAAGAUAUGGGGCCGCACACCUUUUUUGUGCCUAUUAGAGAUAUGAGAACACAUGAGCCUUUGCCUGGAAUUACAGUAGGAGAUAUAGGCCCUAAAAUGGGGAAUCCUUGUGCUGAUAAUGGAUUUUUAAGGUUUGAUAACUACAGAGUGCCAAAAAGUGUAAUGCUAACUAGGUUUGCCAGAAUCAAUGACAAAGGAGAAUAUGAGAUCUUAGACCCAAAUGCACUGAAAGUCUUAUAUUCAUCACUUGUAAGAGCAAGAGUUAACUUAUCAAGAGACGCCUGGCACUAUCCAACAAUUGCAGCAACUAUUGCUAUAAGAUAUUCUCUUGUCAGAGAACAAUUUCCAGACCCUGAAAACCCCCAGAGAGAGCGUAAGUUACUAGACUACCAAAUCCAAAGAUCAAAGUUAUUUACAGUUCUAGCCAAAAUCUAUGCUAUUGUGUUUGUUAGAGCUGUGCUAACUGAAAAAUAUAACGAAUCUGAAAGAAGAAUGAAGAAUAUGGAUGGAUCUUUAUUAGGGGAACUUCAUGCACUGAGUUCUUUAUGCAAAGGAUUUAUCACAGCAUCUGCGAUCGAGUGCAUUGAAGUCUGCAGAAGGUGUUGCGGAGGUCAUGGCUAUUCUAUGUACUCAGGUAUCCCUCAUUUAUAUGCUUCUUAUCUUCCAUCUGCUAUAGCUUACACUCCGUUUUGGAUCGGCCUUGAGCACCCCCUCCCCAUGCCACCCAGACCCUAACGGUCCCAAAUAUUUUAACAUGCUAAAUAUUAAUUUGACAAGUUAAAAUGUUUAAGGGGGAUUUGUCAAAUAAUAUUCUAACAUUUAAAAUUUUCAGAACUGUCAGGGGGUGGGUGACAUGGGGGGGGGGGGGUACUUAAUGGCUAGCAACCAACCACGAGGGAUUUGCUAUACCUAUGAUGGAGAUAACAGUAUUUUGAUCCUCCAAUCAGCCAGAUAUAUGACCAACAUUAUCAAAAAAAUUCAUAAAGGUGAGCCAAUCCCUGACAAAUACGUCUUUUUAGCAAAUCCUAUUCCUCACUUAUCCGGCGACCAAAAUCCUGCCAGUCCAAGUUUCCAUCAAGCUUGCUUCCAAGCAAUUUCUUAUGUGAGCCUUAAUAAUCUAGCCAAGAGAGAAGCUCAGUUUUUGAAAAAUGGAAUGAAAAAAGAAAAAAUCUGGACAGAAAUAUUGCAGAUUGAAGGAAUAGAAGCAGCAGAAACAUUUUUCCAUACAUCUGUGCAUGAAGAUUUUAUUAAAGGACUUUCUUUAAUAACCGAUCCAAAUGCAAAGCAAGCAAUAGAAUAUUUAAGACAAAUCUAUGCGAUAACUCAGCUGGAUAAGUAUGCAGGAAUUUUGAUUAACUUGGGAGCAAGCCCUAACGUCAUUGAUAAGAUGAAAGAUGUAUUAUUGGAGGCUUUUGAUAAAACUAGAGAUAACGCAAUUGGGCUAAUCGAAGCGUUUGAAAAACCUGACGAAAUGUUGUGCUCUGUGCUUGGAAAAAGAGAUGGGAAUGUGUAUGAGAGUAUGCUUUUCGCAGCUAAGCACUUAAAUCCAAUCAAUAAGUCAAGCGUAUAUCCAGGGAUCCAGAAAUAUUUAAGACCUAAGCUUUAA